CUCUCAGCUAGAAGACAUCACCAAUGAAAGUAUUUCCUGUACCGGUACAGCACUGAAGUGACGUCAUCGUUGUUCAGAGUAUGAGGAAAUAACACACCGAUGGUGCGUAAUAUGCACUUUUCGAGAUUUAGUUUCCAACCACCAGUUGCCCUGUCCGAAAUGGCAGUCAGCUAUGCACGCCACCGAGGCCACUGAUGGGGAAAAAAUUAUGUGAUCCGAAUUGAAUUAGCACAUUAUGCCUUAUGAUAAAUUCAAUCCGGGUCAAAGGGCGGAAUGAUGGGGGGAAAUAUUAUGUGAUGCCUUAACAUUAGCACAUUAUGGCUUUGUGAUGUAUGAUUGCCUCUGUGACCUAGAUUGUAACAACCUCUCCUUGUUUACUCCGCCACUUCGACGAUUGUUUUUCACCUUGGGUUCCAUAGUUAGGAGGGAAUCUCACGAGAUAACUUGUUUUGCACCAUAGUACGCGCUUGGGUUCCAUAGUUAGGAGGGAAUCUCACGAGAUAACUUAAAUAAACAUUCUACUCUAGCGUCUGGGAGCCUCAACUGGGAGGGAAUCUCAUAACCUUACGGGGAGGGAAUCUCACGAGUCCAACAAUGGGUGGGAAUCUCUGGGCAGGUGGUGCGUUUUCGUGGGGGCGGGGAUUGGCCACCCGUGCCCCCACGUCGGCGCGCCUAUAAGUAUCGGGAGAUUCCCCAAGCCCCUCGGGAGUCCGGCAUAGGAUUAACGUACGAAAUCGCUCGGCUUUGUUCCUUGGAUACUCUGACCCGGGGCGUUGGCUCUCCGCUCAUUUGUCAACGGUAAGAGAUUUUCAUUGUUUAGGAACAUCUUGUUGUGCUUUAACGGUAACGCGGGGAUUUGAGGAUUGACAAACUAUAUCAAGCGCUAUUGUUUCUUGUGUUUUGCUUGUUUUUUGCUUGCCUUUGUGGGAUUGUAAUCAAUAAACUUCAUUUAUUUGCAAUUUCUAAUCAAUAAACAUCGUAUAUUUUGCAAAGGUGUGCCCGUUGCUGACUCACUGCGAACCCGGAUAUUUCGGAAAACAGCCACGUUGGUUGCACGCCACUCAUUGGGCGAUACAGCGCACCCGGUCCAGGAGGAGCUGAAGUGCGUCAUCGGAGAUCGGCAGGUUCAGGUGGAGGACCGCAAGAACUUGCCCUUUACCGACGCCGUCAUCCACGAGACGCAACGACUGGCCGACAUCCUUCCCAUGUCGCUGCCUCACCGAACCAGCCGAGAUAUCACUUUUCGGGGCUUCUUCAUCCAGAAGUGGACGACGGUGCAUCCCCUCCUGACGUCCGUCCAUCAGGAUGAGAGCCAAUGGGAGAAGCCCGCCUCCUUCCAUCCUCAGCACUUCCUGGACCGGGACGGAAAGUUCGUCAAGCCCGAUGCUUUCAUGCCCUUUUCUGCGGGUCGCAGGGUGUGUCUUGGCGAGAGUCUGGCGCGCAUGGAGCUCUUUAUCUUCUUCGUCACACUCCUGCAGCACUUCCACUUCCGGCCCCCGGCAGGGGUGCAGGAGGACCGGCUUGACCUGACGUCCUGCGUUGGCUUCACGCUUGGCCCCGCCCAACAUCGACUUCGCGCCAUUAGCCGGCUCACCGAUUAAGGUUGCGCCGGUUCCGUCUGGUGUGUUUUGUUUUCCAAUUGUCUCACUUGAUCAUUUCGAAAACGACUAAUAAGCAUGCACGACUUUUGCCCAAAAUAUGGAAAUGUAAUGCUCACAAUAGAAUAAAAAAAAAAAAAUUAAAAUCUAGACAACGGAACGUAUUUUGAAAGUGUCUUAAUCAUGUCACAAUGCCGUUGAUGUUGAUAGAUAGUUAGAUACAUGUCCAAACCUCUUGAUCAAAUGCAUUCUAUGCUGCUAGUGUAUUUUAGGUGACCCAAAACCAACAAGUGAUCUAAAGUUAACAGGAAGUGAUCUUGAAUUGCCCCAAAAAAAAUCAACAGAAAGACUAUUGACGGCCUGUUUAAAUGGCACUGUAUGGGUUAUACUUAACAGCUAAUUAGAACCUAAAAAGAAUAUUAAAGUAUUAGCUCAAAACUGUUAGCAAGGCAGCUAAAGGUGAACUGCAUUAGCUUCAAAGAACAGUGAGGAAAAAAAAAAGUUUCAAAUCAAUUGUGUGACUUGAUUUCUUGAAUUGCUCUGCGUCAUCUGGUUGGAAACAUUAAUCAUUUGCUUCAUAUCAAAAGUCAAGAAGGAACCACCACGUGAAAUGGCACAAUAAAAAGCAGCGUUUGUUGUCCUUUCAACUUUUUUUUUUUCCCCUCAACUUUGUCACGUGUAUUUCUGCUGGUUUGCUGACGAGUCGAGCGGAAUUCUGGCAGAUGCCGUCGCCCUCCUGACAUCACCUCGCCUUUUGCUUCCUCUUUUUGGACCUGCCAAUAGUACUAGUACUAGUGUCUGUACUCGAGUACUUUCUCUUCAGACCUCCGGAGGGGUGUCGUUGAAGAACCUGGACCUAACGCCCGUAAGGGGAGUUUAAGGGAGGCCAGACCCCCUGGCGGCCGAAAAGUGUCAUUACAUGUAAUUGACUUUGCUAUAUAUAAUUUUAAAAUUAAAAGGUGGCCAAAAAGUGUCAUUGCAUGUAAUUGACUUUGCUAUACAUGAUUUUAAAAUUAAGAG